GGCUUUUGGGAAAGCCCGCUCUAGAACUCAAAUGUCGCCGCCCGUAUCCACUGCAUGACACCUAACAUCAACAUCGAUCAAAAGCUUAGGUUAAGGCGAUGGAUGUCCUCAACUCCGAUACAGGUCUAGACCCCGAGAUACCAUUCGACAGACUCCUGAACUUCCGAGAUGUUGGCCAGACAGUGAAUACCUUUGUCGGCAAAGAAUUUCUCAGACCCGGACAACUCUUCCGUUCCUCACGACCGGAUGAAUGUACCCCUUCCGAUUGUGAAAAACUCACAUCCUCCAUCGGCCUUCGCGCGAUCAUCGACCUUCGUACCGAUACUGAGCUCCGCCGACAAGCCGCGAAAUACAAAACCGACCCUUCAGUCCCGGAGCCCGCAAAGCUUCCAGGAGUCACUUACUAUCAUAUCAACCUCAAUGGCAAAGGCUACCAGAAUGCCGUGGUUGCGCAACUCUCCUGGCCGGCUUACAUCCAGCUCAUAUUUCUAUAUAUGGGUGGAUAUCGUAUAGAAAUGAUUAAUCUGAUCGCCAAACACGUGCUGCUCAAGCGCGGCCUGGUCGGACUGGCCGUCGACACGGUGACCGCCUGUGGAGCGGAGAUACGCGCGAUGUUUGAGAUCCUGCAGGAUGAGUCCAACUAUCCGGUUCUUCUACAUUGCACGCAAGGGAAGGAUCGCACCGGCUUGACGGUGCUGUUGGUAUUGAUGCUGCUUGGAGUGCCGUCUGAAGCGAUCGACCAUGACUAUCGAAAGUCCGACGAAUCGCAGAGCCAGGAAGCGGACGAACGACGACGGGAGUUGUCCGCUAUUAAUACUGGUCUGGGAGACCUAUUUGCCCGUACCGCGCCUGACUUCGUAGAAAAAGUAACGGGCGAGGUGAACGACAAGUAUGGCGGAAUCAGGGACUAUCUUCUGAGUAUUGACGUCAACGAUGACAUGCAGAGGAGAGUCAAAUCGCUGUUAAUAUCGAGUGGUUGAACUUCGAAGAAUGAAGUCCUCCACGGCUCCACCUGACUGCCACAUGAUAGUGAUAAGUGACUACAUACCAUCUAACAUCAGGGGAUGAUGCCCUGGAUUGGACAUGAUCCGACCAUAUUGUUCGAUGACUUAGGAGAGAUUGGAGAACG